AUGCCGUCGCUGUCGCUGCCCCAGUUCGACGCACGUCGCGUGCGCUCAUAUCUCUUCCGCCUGCCCCUGUGUACGCGUGCGCUCUUGCUCGUCAUAGUCGCUUUCUGGAUCGCUACCCUUCGAUUUGAUCGCUUUCCGCCAUGGGCCGCUUUGAUCCCUUCUGAGAUGAAUCUGCAAUCAAUGUACCGAUUGAAUACUUUCCCCUUGCUGCACGUUGGCUUCAUCCACAUGAUCGUCAACAUAUUCGCUCUGACGCCGCUUCUCGAGCGCUUCGAGGCAGAGAAUGGCUCUCUUCCUACUCUGCUCCUCUUCACAGGCCCAUUCGGUCUUCUCCCUGGAGGAAGCUACACACUGAUUGAGCGCUUCAUCUUCAGAGGCAACACGACCGUUCAAGGCGCAAGCAUAUGGGUCUUCCUUCUCCUCGCUUCCGAGUCCAUCAAGACCUACAAGCAGAACCCCAACUUUGCUCUUGGUCCCUACAACAUCCCUACCUGGACCGCUCCCUUGAUCCUGAAUCUCUUCGUCUCGGUCCUCAUUCCCAACACCAGCUUCCUUGGCCACCUAUGUGGUCUUGCCGUUGGAUACCUCUGGGGCUUGGGUUACGUCAAGUUCCUCGUGCCCAACGAAAAGAUCCUGAGAUGGAUCGAGGGCAAGCUCAACCUUCUUGGUCGCCUACCCCAUUACGUAUCAGUCGACCAGAAGACAUAUGGUAGAUACGGUGUGCUUCCCACGACUGCAUCGCCCAGACCGGUCCCAACUCUCGCUCCUGUUGGAACUACUCAGAGACUCGGUCCCUGA